AUGGCGAGAUCUCCGCUGUCCCCCACCGACCUAAUCAUAAGCUCUAGCAGGACCGAGGCCAAGAAACGUCGCCAUCGUGAAAAUAUGGCACGAGGCAGAUCUCGACACAACGCGCUUAUGGAGUCAAUGCGGAAACAAUACCAAAACCUCCACACGAAGCUGGAGACCGGCAUGGUUGCAUGGAGAAUGCGACGAGCGGCGGAUAAUUCGAACCAAAGCGAGCAGCACCCGCCUUCGAACGAACUAAUGGCUCAGUAUAUCGACGCAUUGGAGACGGAGAACGCCAUACAUCGCGAGAAUGAGGCGUUAGCGCAGAGACUGGAGCAGAUGGCCAUCUUCGAGACGACGCUACGGGUGGACACCCCCGAAGUGAUGGACACAAAAGUAGACACGGAACAACCAGCGAAGACUGUGCAGGCGCUGAACCGUCCGGGGUUUUACCAAUGUCUGCUGACCUGCUACAACCUCAUUCAACCGGUGCAGUUAUUCGGCUGGACUGUGCAGCGAUACUUAAGUGAGAGACGGACAUUGGAGUUCCAUUUCAUGAAGCAUAUUCCAUGUUCUGACAGCGAGAUGCUGGCACAAGAGCUGGCGAUCGAAGGCUGGAGAGUAUUCAACAACCCAGAGAUGUAUAGGAAGUGUUAUCGCUCGGCAAUUGAUGUCCGAGUACUACAACGUGUGGACGCGUAUACUACUAUUCUCAUGCGUAAUUCCCCGGAUGCGAAUGAAAAUGGCCAUAAGUCGCUGUCGAUUCUAACGCUUGUCGUCCCGCCUCCCGAAGAUAUCGCGAAUUCUAAUAGAAAUUGCGUAAUUUAUCUACGUGACGCGUAUACUUACAUGCGCUUCGACAUGUUCGACGACCACGUACAGUUCUCGUACGGUGGACAUGGAGAUUGCAUGGACGAGGCUCAAGCCAGAUAUCUCUUUGUUGAAACGGGUAACGUGCUCUUCCGCUUCGAGCAAAUGAUCCGGAGAGCAAACCUCGUCACAUUAGGAUAA